GACAGAGACUUUGAGCAGCGCUGAGAUACCAAACCAUUGAUCUUUCUGUCUUUUUCACCAAACGCCGUAGGGCUACAUGCCGGGGAUUGCAGGAAAUAUAAAAUUUCUACCAGACAAUGGGAGUUUCUCCUUAGCGGAUUCCAGAGAGACUGUGACUCAAAUUGUAGGAAGAAGCCCCGCGCGCGUACCAAACACAUGAACAAGCCUUUUUGUCCACGCGCUCAGGACCGAAUACAUUCUAUCGGCGCAGCUACUAUAUAGCACAGAGUAACUAUUGUAGCAAGAGGUGGCUGAUGAGGCAAGUGUUUUCCGUCCAUACAGACACAUUUUCUUAAGGCACAGCUGGUUGAGCUUGCUGUUUUGCCAUCAUUUGCUAAACACAAGGCAGCUUAUUCCAAAUGACUCCUUGAAUUCUGAAUAGCUGUCUGAAGGGGAAUUGUACGGCUGCAGGACCAAGCCAUCGGGAAUGCCAUUUGUUCAGGAGCAGCAUAAACGAGCUUUGUGGCGUGGUGUUUUUUUCCUGGGGACAGGUGCCGUUGUGUACGUUGUUGGGGUGGGGGUUAGUUCUCGGGGGUUCGGACAUACAAGCAGCGACACAGUUGUCUUAAGGAUGUCAGAUCAAGGAUCGGGUCUGCACGAAGACAGGUGCGAAAGAGAGGAGUAGAUUUCAAACGGACCCCUCCUCUCAGUCAUUUUGGAUUAUAGUCCCGUGGUGGCGAGUCAUUGACAAAGAAUCGGACGCACCUUUUCCCCACGACUGUUAUCGUGCCAGAGCUCCGCUGCCAUGACGACGGUGGCCAAACCUGUCAUCUGGAUCUUCUGGUUCCUGCGGUUGGUUUGUGCAGCCUUCCCUGAGGAACCGGGACCCCUGAACUUCAUCCACUCUGAAGUGGUGAGACGGUAUCCUCUGUUUCUGGGACGACCUCAUCGCUCAUCUCUUAGACAGGAGCCCUUGCACAUUCAGAGAAUCCUGCAGGUCAAUCGUACCCUUUACAUUGGAGCCAGGGAUGACCUUUUUCGUGUGGAGCUGGACAACGUGGUGGGAGAAGAAAUGUUUUACAGCAAGAAAAGAACAUGGGAAUCCAACAAAAAUGACAUCAGAAUCUGUAGAAUGAAGGGAAAACAUGAGGAUGAGUGCCGUAACUAUAUGAAGGUUCUGCUCAGCCGGCAAGGCGGAUUGUUUAUCUGCGGGACCAACGCCUUCAAUCCAUUAUGUGCCAACUAUACAGGAGACACUCUAGAGAUGGUUGCUGAAACGGUCAGUGGGAUGGCUAGAUGCCCUUAUGACCCAAAGCAUGCCAAUGUGGCCCUGUUUGCAGAAGGCAAUCUCUAUACUGCAACAGUGACUGAUUUCCUGGCCAUCGACGCCGUCAUCUACAGGAGUCUGGGGGACAAUCCUGCCCUACGAACAGUGAAACAUGACUCCAAAUGGUUUAGAGAGCCAUUCUUUGUAAGUGCUGUGGAAUGGGGGCCGCAUGUCUACUUCUUUUUCAGAGAGAUGGCCAUGGAGUUCAACUACUUGGAGAAGGUGGUUGUGUCUCGCGUGGCACGUGUUUGCAAAGAUGAUCAGGGCGGUUCACAGCGCGUAUUGGAAAAGCAGUGGACAUCAUUUCUGAAGGCGCGGCUGAACUGUUCCAUCCCAGGAGACUCCCACUUCUACUUCAACCUCCUCCAUUCCACCAGUCCCAUCAUCCGUAUGCAUGGCAGGGAUAUCAUCCUCGCCGUCUUCUCCACGCCCUCCAACAGUAUUCCUGGCUCGGCGGUGUGUGCCUUCGACAUGGAGCAGCUGGCUGGAAUAUUUGAUGGAAGAUUUAAAGAGCAGAAAUCGCCCGAGUCGAUAUGGACACCUGUUCCAGAUGAGUUUGUGCCCAAACCAAGGCCGGGUGGUUGUGCUAUACAGGGACCUAAGUUCAACUCCUCCAACUCUUUCCCUGAUGACAUGCUGACUUUCGUCAAGACUCAUCCAUUGAUGGAUGAAGCUGUUCCAUCAUUGGGCCAAAGACCCUGGAUCAUUAGGACUAUGGGCAGAUACCAGCUGAACAAAAUGGUGGUGGACACAAACGCUGGUCCCUAUGGCAACCAGACAGUCCUUUUCUUGGGUUCCAGCCGAGGGACCAUCCUCAAAUUUCUCGUCACCCCCAACAGGGAUAACAUCAUUUUGAACAGCAAUGUAUUCCUAGAGGAACUAGAAGGCUACAACCCAGACAGGUGUGGGCCGGACUCUCCUCAGGCCAGGCAGCUUCUCUCUCUCACCCUGGACCACAUCAGUCACAACCUGCUGCUGGCAUUCCCCUCCUGUGUGAUCAAAGUGCCUGUAGCACGCUGCCAGCUCUAUUCCCGCUGCAUGAAGAACUGCAUCGCCUCACGGGACCCCUACUGUGGCUGGACCAGAGGAAGCACAUGCUCUUUCCUCCGUGCGGGUACCAGGCUUCCCUUUGAGCAAGACGUCGAGCACGGAAACACUUCUCACUUGGGUGACUGCGACGGUCUUCUGCAGGAAAGUUUCAUAGAGGAACCAGAUGGCUUGGUGUCGGUGAACCUGCUAGUGAUGUCUGCAGUUUCAGCAUUUGUUACUGGGGCAGCACUAUCAGGUCUGAUGGUGUGUUGGAUAAUGAGCCUUAAGCACCGCCAGCAUUCCAGAGGUGGUGCAUCGGGCUCGGGGAGUCGCCGCAAGGGUGACAAGGAGCAAAGCAUGCUAGGACACGGCCGUAGUGGCUCUGUGAUCAGUGUGACGCGCAUUAGCGGUGGCGAACGACCUCGCUCACAAAUGGAGACUAUGUUCACCAAUGGUUGGCCAAAGUCUGGGGAGAUAGACCCAGGACUUCCCACUCCAGAGCAGACCCCACUACAGCAGAAACGUCUCACUCCCAACGUUCACCUUACAGACUGCGAUUGGGACCAGACCCAUACUUUCCUGACCCAAACUGGGACACCCUGCCCAGCUAACUCCUCAGUCAUAUACCUUAGCUCCAAAUACCUGCGACAGGAGGGAUCAGGCGAUGUUCCCCCACAUUCAGAGCGCCAGCGCUAUCUCAUCCUCUCCCACCCUCCCAGCCAAAGGGAGCAGGGUGGGCGACCGUCUGCCCCAACAACCCGCAACUCUGCUGGGGAUUACAACUAUCCAGCCACCCCUCAGGACUCCCCUGACCGUAGAAGGGUGGUGUCAGCACCCACCACGCAGAUGGACUAUGGCGAAAAUCUGCGUUGGUCCCGUGACGGACUCAACUUUAAUACCAACAACGCACCUCCUUCUGGCCACCACCCCUAUCCAAUUCAGCCACGCACAAAUGCAGCAUUAGCACGGCCAGGGUUCCAUGCCCAGCGGGGGCUUAGUGAGCUACAGGACUUUAGCCAUCUGCUGGUGAAAAGUGAGCGCAGUUCUAAUGGGCAGUGACUUUCCAGGCCUGUUCACAACCUUCAGAAUCCCAUUACCCCUAAGACUUAGACAAGACUCACUGUCCCUCUGUAAUCCUGCCCUACCUGCCCUCCCUCACUGCCUUCCAGUGUUUUUAAAACUCCCCACCAGUGGCUGAGCUCUAGGACUACAGAUAUGAAAAUCUGGCCAUAUUUGACCCAGGUGAGAGAGAACCAGAGAGUUAAUGGUCGAUGGUGUUGAAGCUAUAGCCCUCAAGGCUGCUCACCCAUCCCACGGCAUGAUGCCACUUAGCACAUUAGCGGCUUUUAUCAUGCCCUGUGUAAUGAAAUGGAAGGAUUGGUUUGGAAUAUUUGUUGGGUAAUGGGAUGAGAAAUACAACAUAAUCAUAAUCCUGCAAACAACUAGGUUUACUCUUUAGCAAACAAAAGCAGUCGCAGAUUGUCUCUCUAUGUAAUAUCACGCCCUGUAACCCGUUCAGUGGAUGCAAUUGGUUACAUUUUCAACUUUUUUCCUUUACUUUUGUACCUGUACACUGCAGGCUACUGUAUGCAUCCUGGGGCCUUUGUCAGACAAACCCUGACAAACUUCCUUGUGUUUGUUUGUGUGAGUAUGAACCGGCCAAACCUGGGUUUAGCCUGAAAAAUGUGUUCAUCGGCCAGACUUAAUAUGAACAGAAAAACCCACAUGGGUUUUGUAAAUCAAUUGCCUGAUCUGAUGUCAACUGAGUGACUACCCCUCUCCCCCACCCCUAUUAAGUGUCAGGAAGCAAUCAAGACAACUGCCAUUUGACUUUAUCUAAAGACCUGUGCACUGUUUUAUCAGAUGCAAAUGGGUGAAGAAGAGCGUUUGCCAACAAUCAUGGAUGAAACAACCCAUGCUUUCUGGACACCAGCGUUAGCAGCACAGAAAGCUGCUGUUGAUUGAAAGAGCAGGGAAGCACUGUGGAAAUUAGUAUUAUUGUGUACAGGGAUGUACUGUAUGUUACUGGGUGGACCCAUUUAUUUUGCAUUUCCAAAACUAAGUUAAAUAUUUUGGUGUUAUUUUGUUACAUUUGCAAGAGAAGUGAAUUGGGGCAGUUCACAGCAAACAUGUUAUUGCUUUCAUCUGCACCGUUUAACCCUUUUUUAUGUAAACAUGCCAUGUCUCUAGAUGCCUACAUGCUGUAAUAUUAAUUGUGCUUCGUCUAGCUUUUUAAGCAAAACAUUGUGUUCUGUCUGAAAGGACCCUUAGCGGAUCAUCUGAAACAGUUUCUCUGUCUCUCUUUGACUUCCUUCUCUCUGCAGUCCUUUGACUAGAAUGUGAGCUUGGUUGUCUGACCAGAGUCAGGCUGCUAGGGAGCUGCAUUCAGAAUGUCUCAGUGACAGUGGGCCUCUUUGUGCAGCCCAGCCAGAGAAGACCAUCCCAACAACAAAUAGCCGUUAAGAGUCAUGGCCUCAGAGAGACCAAGCCAUCGGCCCAGCCCAGGAGAAUGUCAAUGAGGAGCCAGACAGAUCGGACAGAUCUGGGUCCCCACUCACUGCCAUCUUUCACAAGCCACACAGAAUCACGGGGCAGAUUGAAUACAAUGUUACAUUUAGAUGAAGAGCAAACAAAAUCAAACCCUCAUGGCUCCCCAUGGCUCUCUGGCUCACUUUUGAUUGGUGUUUGUUUCAGGGUUGUAAACUGCAUAGGAGGCAUGAAAGAAAAAGUGAACUAUUCAAUUAAUUUACCUCUCACUGAACAACGAUAUCUCUGCUUUCUUCCCUUGCUGUAAUGCUUCACAUAGCAUUACACCAGUGACUCCACUAGAGGGCGUUCAUGCACAUUAAGACGCUACCUAAAGGAACAGUUUAUCCAAAAAUGAAAAUGAUCUCUUUCAUGUUGUUGACUUUUUCCUCUUCUGUGGAACACAAAAGAUGAUGUUGGGCUUUCAUUGUAUUGAACAAAGAUGCAAUGAAUAUGAAUUAUUCCUGAGGCUAACAUUCUGCCUAACAUCUCCUUUUGUGUUAAAUGGAAGAAAGUCAUACAGGUUUAGAACAACAUGAGAGUAAUAAAUUGAAUAUUUUGGAUUAACUACUUUAAUACUCGAUGCCUGACAGGGUUUGACAUGUCAAUGUCAUGAUAAGGAUCCUCAUCCCCUCACUGAGGCCCUCUACAUGUUGAAAACACCUGCCCACCCAUGCAUGUUAUCACCCUCCCUCUCUUGGGCUAUCUCACACUCUAUUGCACCAUUAGGCAGAACAUGCAUGAUUACGUUAAGUCUAUCUUGGCUUGAUAAGGCCUAGAGAUGAUCCUGAGAGACGUGGACGUGCAGAGAUGCAGGCACCCACUUGCUUGCUUACAGUUCUUUAAAGCCAGAAUUUAAAAAGCAAUUACAUUAGAUGUGGGCUGAGCAAGAAAGAAAAGACAUCAAACAAGUGAAGCAGCACAACCAGUCCAAGUCAUCUUCCAAAAGAUUUGACUGCAUUUCAUGAUGUAAUAUUACCCAGAAUAACCCCAAACCCUAGGGACAACCACCAAACCAGCGUCAGAUGUUAUUAUUACUAUUAUUAUUAUUAUUAUUAUUAUUAUUAUUAUUAUUAAAGGGACAGCUCACCUUAAAUUGAAAUUACCCUCAUGUUGGUCCAAACCUGUAUAACUUUUUUUUUCUUCACUAGAAAAGGAGACACAAAAGGAGAUGUUUGGCAGAAUGAUAAUGUCUUUCACCAUUUACUUUCAUUGUAAGGGAAAAAAAAUAUGCAAUGAAAGUGAAUGGUGACAGACCCUAACAUUCUACCUCUCCUUUUGUGUUUCAUGGAAGAAAGACAUUUAUCUAGAUUUUAAGCAAUGUGAGCGUGAGAAAAUGAUUAUAUAAUUUUCAUGUUUGGGUAAACUAUCCCUUUAACAAGUGAUUUUUGCCUCUUGGAAUUGACUUUCAAGGACAUUUUAUUACCUCUAUGAGCCAUUUUUUUUUAAACAUAACAUGAGGUGUUCUCCAUUUAUGUCAAAGGUAUAGAAUAGAAUAUUAUGAAAUAUAUAAGAAGUAUCAAAAACAGAAGAAUUCGUUACUGGGGUGUUUUUGACCCAACAUUUUAAUUAGCUGUGCCAUUUUUGUCUCAAUCUCUAGUUAAUUUCUGACCCUGCACCAAACAUAGUUGAUUCUUAUUGUGCAGCUCUGUACACAAUUGUGUCUCAACACUGCCUGGGUUCAUUAACAAUAUAAAAAAGAAAAGCCAAUGAAAUGGACUUAAUUUGCUGUUGAGCUCUAUAAAACGUGUUUCCUCAAAAAUAAAAAUAAACGACAUUUGUUUCACUGUUUUUCUAUGUUGUAACCCUCUCAAGCAAGAAAUGGAGCUAGCCAUAAAAACUCUGCCUUUGUUUUGUUUGGACAGAAAUAUAUCUAGUGCAUGUUUUAGAAAGCAUACUUUCCAUUUUCCAAUUAAAAUGCUGACCAUGAACAGUGAGGACAGUGUGCUCGAGGCAUUCUCAUUGUCAGAAGAGCUGUUUUUUCUUUGUCUUUGAAAGCCCAGAUUUUUACGCGCCCCCAGCCACAAACUGCCAGAACUAAUGGGCCACCCUUAAAGAGCAUGUGCAAAAGAAAUGGUUUGUUAAGAAAUGACAUGCUUUCACUCUGAAAAUCUGACAUCUGACAACAAGCACAAAAGUUAAUGGAGCUUCAAAUACCUGCAUUUUUGUAAAAUUGUAUUGAAUAUAAUAGCCAGUACUGAUAUCUUCAUUUUUAUAUUUGUUUGUUUUUGUGGUAAUGUUUUAGAUUUAUGGUUUAUGAUUUCAUGCAAGUGAUUUAAGUUGCUCUCUGGUGUGUGAAGUUUAUUGAUGAUGACAAUGAUUACGAUUUUGCUGCAACUGUGAUCUGAAUUUCAAUGUGUGAUCCUGGUUCAUGAACUGUGCAAGGUGAAUUUCUCAAAAAUUCUGAAAGAAAGAGAAGAAAAAAAACUUUUUACAAAAGAGCCAAGUCUUCUGUUAACUGUGAUGGACUUCUGAUCUAUCUCACGCUGGAGGCUGUUCGUGUUAUCGGGUCCAUUGUCAUUAAAUGACAAGUUGUGUCCCCUUCAGUGUACAUAAUAAUUUCAGUGCUUAAAUGUAAUUUAAGUGAACUAUCUGCAUGAACACGGCCUCAGUCUGAAUCCACAGAUGUAGUGUGUACUUCUACACAACAUACAUGUGGCCUAAUAAUGUAAACCAAUCAGACAGUUACCUGCAUGCUUUUGAAAUCAACAGCACAAAUUAACACAAAAUGAUAUAAAUACACAUGUGCACAAAAACGAGAUCACACACAAACACAUAGUUACACACACAUGCGCACACUCAUAUUUUGCAUUUGACAACUCAUCAUCAACAGUCAACACUUUUGGCUGUCACUGAGCAUGGAGACUGUGCUCUGUUUUAUCAUUUCCUGUUUUAAUAAACCAAGAACCUGACUGCAUGUUUUCCUUUUCUUUAAUAUUUUCCCACAAAUCAUUGCAUUUGGUAUUAUAUAUAUUUGGAUAUUAUAUUUUUUCUGACACCCAUGCUGAUUGGGUAUCCUCAAGCAGUGCUAUUUUAACAAUCACACACUGUACCUUUAAAAUUACCAUAUUCAUUUAGCGACCACAUAUAUAAUUUUUUUUAAACAAAUUUACUUUUCAUUUGUCACACUGAAGGUCCUUUUAAAUAAACUACUGACAUCAAAAAUGUAAUUAAAAACGGUG